UCUCCGUGAGCAUUACGCACAGUAGCUCCAUAUAUGUAGAGGCACCUCGCAGCCCCUCUGGCACUGUAUCUGCUAGAGCGCGCGCAGGGGCAGUGCCAUGCACACUCCUGACUAUGAGUUUCUGAGCGGUGGGAACCAGUCUCUGGGUUUCAGUCCCUUUAAUGACCGAACAAUGGAAAAGCUUGGAAACAACACCGUCCACCCGAAUGGAUCCGAUCCGUUUGCGCGAAACGAAGAAGUGGCCCAAAUCGAAAUAAUGGUCCUGAGCAUCACCUUCGUGGUUGCUGUGAUUGGGAAUGUGAGCGUCCUGCUGGCAAUGUACAACACUAAGAAGAAGAUGUCGCGGAUGCACCUUUUCAUCAAACACCUCAGCCUGGCUGACCUGGUGGUCGCCUUCUUCCAGGUGCUGCCGCAGCUCUGCUGGAAGAUCACCUUCCGCUUCUACGGUCCGGACUUUUUCUGCAGGAUAGUCAAGCACCUCCAGGUGAUGGGGAUGUUUGCGUCCACCUACAUGAUGGUGAUGAUGACCCUGGACCGUUACAUUGCCAUCUGCCACCCUCUGAAAACCCUCCAGCAGCCCACCAAGCGCUCCUACAUCAUGAUCAUCUCCACGUGGAUAUGCAGCCUGGUGUUCAGCACUCCACAGUACUUUAUCUUCUCCCUUAGCGAGAUCCAGAACGGCUCGAAAAUUAACGAUUGCUGGGCGCACUUUAUCGAGCCGUGGGGCGCCAAGGCGUACAUCACCUGGAUAACUGUGGGCAUCUUUCUCGUGCCCGUGGUAAUGCUCAUGAUGUGCUACGGAUUCAUCUGCCACAGCAUAUGGAAAAAUAUCAAAUAUAAGAAAAGGAAAUCGACGGAUGGUGUUGCGAACAAGAACGGGCUGAUUGGGAAGAAUUCAGUCAGCAGCAUUACAACUAUAUCAAGAGCCAAACUGAGGACUGUUAAGAUGACUUUUGUGAUUGUUUUGGCGUACACUGUUUGCUGGGCUCCGUUUUUCACAGUGCAGAUGUGGUCGGUGUGGGAUGAAAACUUCCAGUGGGCUGAUUCUGAGAACACAGCAGUGACUCUGUCUGCACUCCUUGCCAGUCUCAACAGCUGCUGUAACCCGUGGAUAUACAUGGUCUUCAGCGGCCACCUCCUCCAGGAUUUUGUGCACUGCCUCUCCUGCUGCCUCAAAAUGAACCCUGACUUCAAGAAGGAGGACUCAGACAGCAGCCUCCGCAGAACAACAUUGCUGACAAAGAUGGCCAAUCGGAGCCCUACGGGUAGUUCAAGCAACUGGCGAGAGAUGGACAAUUCUCCCAAAUCUUCCAUUCAGGCGGAGUAAACUAGCAGCCAGACAACUCUGUUUACUGGGGUGGGAAUGAAAACAUGUCUGGGAGUGGCAUCAAGUUACACAUACAGCAUCAACUAAUCUUAACUUUGGGCAUGUCUGACAGUGACUGAAAUACCCCCAAAGUCCAAAACUAUAAAGCAAAUUAAGCUUUUUGCAUAUGAAUCAGGAGACAAGAGUGAAGAAAUGUUGUGUUGACUGAGAA